AUGCUAACAUAUAGGUUUGGCUCCGUCUAAUCUUUUGGGAUUCUUUGGUUCCUACAGAUGAUCAUGUUUUGACUAAAAUUUUCAAUGACCUUUUGUAUGUGGAUUACUUGAAUAGACUUUAUUCUUGCGGAUCCCCAGAAAACAUGUCUAGCCGAAUCUAUUUAUUUUCUGAGCACUCUGUAAAGGCUGGAUGUCAACGUAUCAUCUAUGACAGUUCAUGAAGAAUUAAUCGAAAAUUCGUUCCGAGAUGUCACCAGUUCGGAAUAUGAGCAUAAUGUUACUCACUUCCAGUACUGCCACGGUAUUGGCAGUGACUGCAAUGAUCCUGGCUCGAUCUGUAGAAGCAAAGGUCGUACGACCUCUCAACGGGUCUCAGGAUGUGACUUCUGGACCUCCACCUCUGGUCUCUGGACCUUCGGGCCUACUUUCUGGACCUCCUGAAAAUCCUGAGUAUUUGAAGCCUUGGGAAGAAAGAACGGAGAGAGUGGUUGAGAAUGCGGAAGAGCUGCUUAUCAACGAAUGUUGCUCCAGAGGGAUGAUACUUAAUGAUACACUGGAAUGCGAAACAGUUGAGAAGAAAGAUGAGAUUGUUGCCAUUGCUAACAGCAUUGCAGUCGAUGCGUCUAUGAAACCUGCCAAACUGAAUUCAGAUCAAAUGGUCCUAAGUGAAUAUUUUGCACAUAUUUGUUCAGGAGACAAAUCCGAAGUGGUGUACUGGCCUAAGGGUGGACAGCUCAAAACCCAUUACAUCAAUCACAAGAAUGGGGAGCUUUUGGUAGUUAACAAUACUAUGAAGAAGUUUCCAUCGACUACAUAUUGUGUGGAUGAAGCGAAACAUGAAGGAGAGCUAUCAUAUGCUUUGAUGAUGUGUCCCUGCACAGUCUCCACCUGCAUCCAAAAAUGCUGUCCAGAAACCAUGCACUUUGACACGAUCAUUGAGCAAUGUGUGCCUUCGAACCCAAACAUCUCCACCUUCCAACCAACUUUGCAACGAAUGAUGAAUGACACUCAGAAUGAACAUUUUUUCCUGACCUACGGAAUACCUCAAUGCAAAGGUCAAUUGAUGAUGUUGCUACUGAAUAUGACCAAGGUGUAUCCGCAGGAGAGUGGUUAUCUUAUGUUGGAUGAUGAAGAGAAUGGGCAGCAUCAGUUUUAUGAACGUGGGAAGUAAGGAUGUGUUCAUUAUUAGAAACUAUAUAGAAUACUUUACUAUAUUUCCGCAUCAUUAUCAAACGCUAAACUUGUAGUAGGUGGACUACAAACGAUACUCUCUUAACUGAUUUCUAGUACCACCGGUGGCAACCCCAACUGAAGAAAGUGCUUCCAACUAAGCCACCAUAAGCAAUCAUUUCUUUAUAGGAAACGAUACCAUUAUCAGUGAAAUACCGAUUACUUCUGGAUUUUGAACUGGAGUUUUUGCCGUUUUUCUGAAAUCUCUAAAAUAGGAAAAAUGUAUCAUCAAUCCUUUAUUUUGAGAAUGUGUUCAAAAUUCAAAAAGAUAUUAUAA